CUCACAAGCAAACAGAAGCAGCGGUUUAGAGAAGUCUCAAGUUCACGUGAUACAGAACUACACAACUAAACAAUGUCUUCUAUUUUAUUGACGGCUCUGUUGUUUGUAAAUAUCAUGUUCACCUGUGGACUUGACAUUUCACUAGAAAGAGAAUAUUAUAUGGAGGGUAAAGAUUUAUUUUGUGGCAAGUUACAUUGUGUGGAGAACACAAGAGAAAAUAAUGAAAUCUCAGCUCUUGUCAACAUGUCAGUCUAUAGCAUCAGUGAAAUAGAGGGGAAAAUUGUGUUGGCGUAUUUUUCAGAGUCCGAUUCAAGAGUUCGAGAUUAUAAAGUUGCUGGAUCGAAAGUUGAUGGAAAGUUUUCAAAAGUGUUUGGAGAAUUGACCUUAUCAUUUACAAAACCUUCCGAUUGUUUUAGUACAGUGUUUGGAUGUGAUGUGUAUUACACAAAUAGAAGGGGUCUCACUGAGACGAAAGAAAAUAAAACCAAGCCUGUUGACCAAGACAAUUUUAAGCCACUGAUGUUGAUGACCUUAGAGGCUAAAACUCCAGAGUUUGAUAAAACAAUUGAUAGAAUGUCAGAGUUUCUAAAAACAUUUAAAUAUUCUGAUAAGUUAAACAGAGCUGACUUGAAGAUGAAUUUACAGUUUUUAACAGAUGACAAACGUUCUAACCUUAGUUAUCACAAAACAGAAUUAACAAAGGAGAAGGUUGAUGAAACUCUGGUUAACCUUACUAAUGCGAUGGAAAGUAGAUUCAAUAGCUUGUUAUCUGCCCAAGGAUCUACAAUUCAGAGACUUGAAAAUCAAAUGAACAACGUUGUUAACAGACUGAACACCUUAAAUAACACAAAUCAAGAGCUCACGCAUUUUAAAUACAACUUCACUGAGAGCUAUCUAAAGACAAUUCAACAGAUACAAGCGAACAAUAACACACUUGAAAAACAAAAUAGGUCGGUACAAAAUGUAACAAAUCUAUACAUUGUUUUACAAAAACAACUGGAUAAACUGAAUAAUAGUGUGGUUAAUGUAUCAUUAGAUGUUCAAACUUUGUCUCAAAGGUUAAAUAAAAGUGAAAUUUUAACAAAAACCAUGCAAGUUUUCAAAAAAGAUUUACUAAAUUUAACUAACGAAAUGUUAAAAAAUAGCACAGCGAUAUUGGAACGUCAAAAUAUAAGCAUUCAACAACUGGAUGAAAGCAACAAAUUACAGUCAGAGACACAGUUAAAGAUACUGAAGGAUUUACAAACAGCGGUAUCACUACUACACAAAACAGACAUUGAUAUAGACGCCCAUUUGGAGGAGAUGAACAACAUCAUUCAAAACCUGAUUACUAAAUCAGAUCAAAUUGGUGUCCUAGUCAGUAGAUUACAUGGAUUUAUUGGCCCUGUGCUCAACGAAAGCGAACACUUAAAAUGUGCCAACAUGAACGAUCGUAUUUACUCGGACAUGACAGAGGCUGGAGUAGAUGUCAACAGAACAUUGUGUGAUAACAAGUCAGACGGUGGAGGAUGGAUUAUUAUACAGAGACGUCUCAAAGGUGAUGUGAACUUUACAAGAACUUGGAACGAUUAUAAAAAUGGAUUCGGUUCAACAUCUGGAGACUUUUGGAUCGGAAAUGAUGUAAUUUCAAAGUUGACAGAUUUGGGUUAUAAUGAACUCAGAUUUGACAUGAAGUAUAAAGGUAAAGACUACUACGCUGUGUACAGAGGUUUUAAAGUAGAAAAUGAAGCAGCAAAGUAUAAGAUGAGCCUCACGUCAUUCAGUGGUGGGAAUGGUGGAGACUACUUUAGUCGUCACAAGGGCAUGAAGUUUACAACCAUUGACUCUGAAAACGAUGUGUGGUCACGUGGCAACUGUGCUGUAGACAUGAGUAGAGGUGGUUGGUGGUAUGAGGCUUGUCACUGGGUUAACGUCAACGGUGAAUGGGCGAGUCGUGUUGUUGAUAAAGGAAUUCAUUGGGCUGGCAUUACAGGCUAUUCUGACGUUCUAGACUUUGUUGAGAUGAAACUUCGUCGAAUGUAA